AUGGCUGACUUUAAGAAAUUGUUGGCAGCUUUUUUUCUUGUGCUAGUGCUGGUUUUUGCUAUUGAACUGGCGGAGGUAUGGACCUGCGAGUCCCCAAGUCACAAGUAUAAGGGGCCGUGCGUGAGGAAGCAGAGCAACUGUGCUGCUGUUUGUCAGACUGAAGGCUUUACUGGUGGUCAUUGCCGUGGUUUCCGUCGCCGUUGCUUCUGCACCAAAAAAUGCUAA